CUGGUCACCAGGCGGCCGCACCCGACCCCUCUCCCCACGGAGACCCAGGACAGCCACAACCAGUCGCACCUUCUGGACCAGCGGGACUACUCCACCGAGCUGUCCGUGACCAUCGCCGUGGGCGCCUCCCUCCUCUUCCUCAACAUCCUGGCAUUCGCCGCGCUCUACUACAAGAAAGACAAGCGUCGCCAUGACGUCCACCGGCGAUGCAGCCCCCAGAGAAACGCCGCCAACGACCUGGCCCACACCCAGGAGGAGGAGAUCAUGUCCCUGCAAAUGAAGCAGCACUCGGAUCUGGAUCGGGGCGUUGGGGUUGGGGUUGGGGUUGGGGUUGGGGUUGGGGUGGGGGGGCACCACCCGACUCACGACGUGGUUCUCCGGACGGCCUGCCCCCCCGACUACACGUUGGCGAUGAGGCGUUCCCCCGACGACGUCCCGCUCAUGACCCCCAACACCAUCACCAUGAUCCCCAGCUCCAUGGGGGGUUUGGCCUCGCUCCACCCGUUCAACGCCAACUUCCCCGGAAGCGGGCAGAACAACACCCUCCCGCACCCACACCCACACUCGCACUCCACCACCCGGGUAUAG